CCCUUUUGCAGUGCGGAUCCAGUAGUUGGAGUUCUAACUAAAAAGAGAGGAGCGCAAGGAGUGAGCGCAGCUGAGUGAGCAAACAGAAGUAGAAACAUUAGGUGAAUUUUGACACAAACGAACGUCGUUUUUGAAAGACUGUCACUUUUACUGCCCUGGAUCCAUCUUUCCAGCCUUGUAGAAUAACGCCCUUGUUUCCCGCCUGAAAACUCACACGGUCGUGUCAGCUGGCAUGAGCUAACCCACCAGACAUGGAAACCAAACCUUUCUUGUCAUUGGGGUUCCUGAAGCCCCAGUGCUCGCUGGCUCCGCCUCCCCAGCGAGGACGCUCGGGGGAGGCCUGCUCCUGUUUCACCGGCAUGUGUCACCUCCACCAGCGCCGGAUAUCUACAGGUAACGCUCAACGCCAUCUCCACAUCCCAUCGCCAUCUGCCCCGUCAUGGCAGACUCAGCACCUGGGAAGACACCUGUAUGAAAUAAAUUCAUCAGGCCAGGUGACCUCGUCUCCCCUGGGCUCUCCCACGUCCCACCGGGGCAUGCACCCAUCCCUGCUCAGCCCGUCCUCCAUGGGGCCCUCGGGCUCCCUGCACUCUCCCAUCAGCAACCUGAGUUCUCCCAUGAACGGCCUGGGCUCGCCAUUCUCUGUCAUCAGCUCCCCCAUGGGCCCACACUCCAUGUCCUCGCCCGGCAUGGGCUACGGCCCCAGUGUCAGCCCCCAGCUGAACUCCCCGAUGAACUCGGUCAGCAGCUCGGAGGACAUCAAGCCCCCGCUGGGUCUCAACGGGGUGAUGAAGGUGCCCGCCCAGCCCUCACAAGGGUGCAUGCCCCUCUCCCUCACCAAACACAUCUGUGCCAUCUGCGGGGACCGCUCGUCAGGUAAACACUAUGGAGUGUACAGCUGUGAGGGCUGUAAAGGCUUCUUCAAGAGGACAGUGAGGAAGGACCUGACCUACACCUGCCGAGACAACAAGGACUGUCUGAUCGACAAGCGCCAGCGCAACCGCUGCCAGUACUGUCGCUACCAGAAGUGUCUGGCCUGUGGAAUGAAGAGAGAAGUUUUGUUACACACAGCCGUCCAGGAGGAGCGCCAGCGGGCCAAAGAGCGCAGUGAGAACGAGGUGGAGUCCACCAGCAGCGUCAACGAGGACAUGCCCGUGGAGAAGGUCCUGGAGGCAGAGCUCGCUGUGGAACCCAAGACAGAGACCUACAUCGAGACCAACCUGGGCAUGCCAUCCAACUCGGAUGGGAGGUAUCCAGGGCUCUGCCACCUGAGGCCUAUCACUGAGAUGAACAAGCCCAACGACCCAGUGACUAACAUCUGCCAAGCAGCCGACAAGCAGCUCUUCACGCUGGUGGAGUGGGCCAAGAGGAUCCCCCACUUCUCUGAGUUGCCCCUGGAUGACCAGGUCAUCCUCCUACGAGCAGGGUGGAACGAGCUCCUCAUCGCAUCCUUCUCGCACCGUUCGAUAGCGGUGAAAGAUGGGAUCCUCCUGGCAACAGGUCUCCACGUCCAUCGUAACAGCGCCCACAGUGCUGGAGUGGGAGCCAUCUUUGACAGAGUGCUCACAGAACUGGUAUCCAAGAUGAGAGACAUGCAGAUGGACAAGACAGAGCUGGGUUGCCUUCGGGCUAUCGUCCUCUUCAACCCAGACUCUAAAGGCUUGUCUAACCCAGGCGAGGUGGAGGCUUUGAGAGAGAAGGUCUAUGCCUCUCUGGAGGCCUACUGCAAACAGAAAUACCCAGAUCAGCCUGGCAGGUUUGCCAAGCUGUUGCUGCGGUUACCAGCCCUGCGCUCCAUUGGUCUGAAGUGUCUGGAGCACCUGUUCUUUUUCAAGCUCAUCGGGGACACGCCCAUUGACACCUUCCUCAUGGAGAUGCUAGAGGCGCCCCACCAAAUGACAUAACUGCAGGCGGUGCGUCACCCGUGUUCCCCCCGCCCCCUCCACCCCUAACCCGCUGGACAGCGAGAGUGGUCCUGCAAACCAUUCCCCCUUGAGAGACUGACGUGUCUCCUCCCUUUCUACCCUCUUUGAUGUGUUUCAAAAAACAAGUUCAAUGUAUAUGGGUCUGUUUUAUAUAUUGUACAAAUAUAUAAAUAUAAAUAUAUAUAUAACUCAUGAGAGACAACGAUGGACUGGAGAUGAAACGGACCGAGGAGAAAAUAAGUGUUUGAGCCAUUGUUUUGUAAGGUGAAACAACAGCAGAGUAGACCAGGUGUAACAUGUAGCUGUCUGCAGGUGUAUCUCUAACAGUGCCGUCAUUGGAUGCACAGCAGCGUAGUAAUUGGGACAAUCGUGUUUUGGACUUGUUGAAAAGAGGUGGGGCUGCAUGGACUGUCCCUGGCUCUGAUUGGAGCCGUCUCACUUUUCGAACUAACUUAAUGUUCUGUGUGCAGAGGGGAGGAGCCAGGACCGGUCUUGUCUGGUCCAAUCCGGUCAAGUCUUGUCCGAUACAGUCCGGACUGGUCCGGUUGGGUCUGUUUUGAGGUGUAUUGUAGAAAAGGACUCAGAGGUGAGAACAUGUAGACGAUCGGUGCUCCACUCAGGUCUCUGAACCCAAACUCAGCCGUUUCUCCACAUCUCCUUAUUCUAUUAGCACUGUGUGAACAUGAGAGGAGAGACGCUACAUCGCUACAUCGGUCCAGUGUUCAGAGACUCAUAUAGCUCAUAUAGACUGAUUGGAGUGAAAGCCUGCAGUGUGGCCUCUUAGGACCAGAGCUGGAUGACCUCCAUGUGGCGUGACUGUCUGCACAGAGAAGCUUCUCUCUGGAACUACUCAUUCUGGUGUACUGGACUGACGUUAGGCACAGUGUGUAUCUGGAGUCACCCUGACAUAGGCCCUAUACUACAUGUCAUUACUGUGUGCUCUGGAAGGUUGCCACAGGAAGGAAAGCAAACAGAUAUAUGUUCUCGUACUACAAUUAUUUGUCCUGUUUCCUGUCUGAGUUAAGGUCACCACAAAAUGAAGAAGAAAUAGACAGAUUAUUUGACUGAACUGUACUGUAAGGAAAUAGUGUCCGCUGAUCUGAACUAAGUGCUUUUUAAAGUGAUGCCAUGUCUUUGUCAUGUCUCCCUCCACCUCUGAGACCUUUUGUUCCACUCUUCUGUGAAUUUCAACACAAAAUUAUUGACCUUCACACAGCAACCAAGCCUGCUGUUCCUCACAGUGUAACCUAGCUUUAGAAGGUUUUUGACCUGUACUGGACAUUACAACCACACACACAGUUUUGAUGGUAUAUGUUUAAUUAUUAAUUUGCAAAACAAUUUGAAAUGACCUGUUUUCACCCCAGCCCUGCUUCAAUACAGUCAUGUUUAUGGCUCGAUGUACUCUUAUUGCUUGGCACUUAACCUCAGUAUUGUGGAGCUCAUGCUGCUCCAUUGCAAGCUCACCUCUGGGGCAGCCAGAUCAGGCUGAGGCCCAGGCCAUCCAUCCAUCCACUCUGACUGGAGGAUGUGGGCCUGGUGAAGAGACAGAGACUGUUGACUGCUCUGCUGCCCAGCCUCCCCUCACCCUCAGAGGGAUCCAUAGCCUGCACUUCUGUGGACAACACAGUUUCAUUUAAGUCAAAUUGAAAUGUUAAAUAUGUAACGUUAUGUAUAAAUCUGCUAUAUGCCCAUAUUGCGCUUUUUUUCUUUCUAUGCUGCAGCUGCUGCAUAACUAUGCAUCUAGUGUUUUUCUUCUCCAAAGAUUGUCCAUGGAGUGGUUUCGUUGUUAUUAUAAAGGGGUGGUUAAACCCUGUCCUGUAGGACAGCAGACUGCUUUGGAUUUCAAUCAACUUUAUCAGAGAUCCAGGAGCGAGUUUGGCAGUCCACAUUAUGAUAGCAGACUAGGGAGAGCCACAGAGAAAUAUAAUAGAACAUUUGCUUUGCGAUAGAUAGAGGGUUUGACCAGCGAGAAUAGAGAAUUUGGUGACUAUGGGAGAGCUGUGACUUCCCCCUAGUGGAAGAGAUGCAGCACUGCAACAUUACUUGAAUUUUGUACAAGUAUUUAACCAGAAAUGGCACUUUUUCAUGACAUUAUCAAUGUUCAUUUUUGUCUUUGGUCAGUCAAAACCUCAACGUGUUUGCUCGCAGAAAGAUUGAAUGAAUAACAAUAACCUCAGCAGGAUUGAUUGACACGUCCUUCAAAUCUAGCUCGUGUAUUUAGGUGAGGUGAAUGCAUUUUCAUUAGGUCAUAUUUUAAACUAUUUAGGGGAAGGAGAAGAUUUGUGUUUAGACCAAUUCUGUCUGAACAGUAUUUUUAUUGACACGAAUUGUAAUUGUCAAAAAACAAAUGAAUUGGCUCAUUGUUCAAAUGAUACCAAUUUAAGCACUAGUAAAAGUAAUUAUCUGGAAAUUGAAUUCUCUGGAACAUGAGUAGGUCAAAUCAAACAUUUCAGAAAAAUAACCACAUGCAUUUUGAUAAUUCAUUUAUUUGCAAACAAGUUUGUCCAACAUUUUAGAAGUACACCUGCUCACUUGUCUGAUGUCUCCUAUUCUCUGCUUGAUCAGGUUAAUGUGAUUCAAGACCCCAGGUGUAUACUGUACGUUAAAGCCAUACGCAGAUGUGCAAGCUCGCUCACUCCUGCAGGGAAUGGACAGAGAAGGGUCCUCUGGACUGAUACAGAAAUGAUUACUUAGAUAGAAUGAAUAGCUACGGAAAAUGCUUUAUAUACCAUAAAGCUAUAUUUUGUCUAUAUGUGUAUAUAUUUAUAAAUAUCUAUAAAUCCGUUCCGUGUUUCCAGUUAAUUUAGAGCAACAGGGAGACAAGUAGUUCAGUUAAAACUAUCUGAGCCGGGCCUGAUUCCAGUGUUACACUCAAUAGUUUUUGGUGUUUGUAAAAAAAAAAAUGAUGUGCUUUUUACAUUGACCUCGAUUCUCUAAAAGCAAGUCUUCAAUCAACCAGCAUAAUACAAGGACCGCUAAGCCCUAACCCUCACCAGCUAACAGCUGUUCUAUAUGGGACCUGAAAACAGCAACAACAAAACACGGGUUAUUACACACAAAAGACAUGAAGCCCUCCAAAAUCUAUUUAUUGCUUAGCAACUUGUAUGUUCAACAACGUUAUCAGGAAACGCUGAGCUCAUGACACAAUCACAGAUUUCUUUGUCGAAUUCAGCAAAUGUCAAGAAAAAACCCACUUCUUGACAUAUAUUUUUGUAUAAAGGUAAUUUUAUCCCUUGCUUAUGUACUCUGUACCUGCCAUUUUCCUCCUGUGGGCUGUUGUAUACAUUGUUUGUGUAAAUGUUGAUUUAAAAUGGGGAUGAUAAAAAAGUGAGAAGAGUGGUUGCAGUGACACCCUGGUAACUGUCGCCUAUACUUUGCCUUUUCUGGCCUACCGAUACAAGAUGAGAUUGUCCUCUCAUUACAUUUCUGUCUAUUUUUAACGAGUUGGAAAACGUCAUCUGUUCUUUGUGGGUUAUUCUAUCUUUCAUGGAAAGACAAAAAGAUUAUUAAAAAAAUCUAAAAGUAAA